ACUCGGUUCCCCUCCUACCAGCAGCCGCAAUCAAAAUUCAAAACCCAACUCGGUUCCCCUCUUACCGGCAACAGCAAGAAGCCAGCUCGUGACUUCCUCCGUCCUCCCAGCCCGUCGGUCAGCCUUUCGCCGUUAGCUUCCGGCCGUCUGCCAGGUCACUUUAUACGAAUUUCUUCCUUCACCUUCGACAAUAACAUGGCACUUAGUGAACCAAAGGGUGCGAUUAAGACAAUUGACGGCGAUGUCCAGCUUUUCAAAGCCGACUUAUCCGAUAAUGUUGGUCAAGUCAACACCCCUGUAAGUGUUCGAAGCGCUCCAAUAGCGGAUCGGGAAACUUUGGAACUUGAAGAAUCGUAUUUCCAGAGAGCACGGAAUGCGGGUAAGGGAGUAUUGCUCGCUCUUCGGCAAUUUGACAAGGACGAUCGGCGGUUGUUUGUAUACGAAGAUUACGAUGUCGACUUGGGGGAGUUUUCUGGAGGAUUAGCUAAACCGCUCCUGCUUGCAGAUGGAUGUUUGCCCCCUCAGUUUCUUCUAGCAUUAAGGAAAACAUUGCAUCUCCUACACAUACUCCACUGGGAGCGGAAAGUUGCGCAUGAUAAUCUAACCGGCCCUAAGAGGAAGGAUGUCAACAUCGUGAUUGUCAAGAACCAGAAGAAACCAGGUGAUUUCAUUGUCAAGUUGAGAUGUUUCGCGAAAAAACAAGAGAAAGAAAUAGAAAAAGAAGGGAUCAUAAGUGAUCGCCAGGAGUUACGUUUCAUCCUUGAGCGUCUGAUUGAGUUCCCACAUGGUCCCCCUCUUUGGCUUGGCUCAAUCUUGAAAUCAUUAAGUCGUAAAGGUAGUAUCCGGAAUUUGUACAAUUCUCUCUGCUUUUUAAGGGCGAAACAGAGGUUUGAGUAUCUUGUGGAGGCUGAUAGGGAGGUUGAACAUGGAGGUCUCCGUCCGAAACUUAGUGGCAGUGCCACAUUUUCCCAAGAUGAGGGAGCACAGUCUUGGGUGCAAAACGUGCGAGCGGACGUCUUCUUGCAGAGAGUGUUGGACCACCACAAGAUAAUGAAUACGGCCGGCAUGUCUAAUGCUUCAGCAUUCCUACGCUACUGUAGGAAUGUCGCUUUACAUUACCGGGAGUUGGAUGCUAAGAAUAAAGUGGUUCAACUAGAUGAUGAAGACCUAUAUAAGAAAUUGGCAUUGACCUGGCCCAGGUUCUUUGAUUUGUUACACGAGGAAUUAUGUCAAGCAGGCGUCUUCAUCUUCGAGUCGCAAAAGGUAGAAGAAAAUUGGCAUUGACAUUUCUACUUGACUGAGUGGAUAUCGAUACAACUACACAAGCUUUGAUGUCAACAUUUCUGCUUGUUUAAAUGCCGUCGACAUGACAUUUCUACUUGUUUAACCAGUGCUUUAUGUAUUUUCGCAACGCCUUGGACCUCUUCUGCGGAUGUCUCCAUACUGAGAAUGAGAAACUUUCGAGUUGCAGAUGGGGAUCUUAUUUUGCUUUCCAAGUUGCAGAGGGUUGGAAACACGGUAGUUGGAUGUUCCCCAACAGUUAGUUAUUCAAUAGACCAUGACCACCACUUACCUCUCUUGACAGGGCGAGCAACUUCCUCUAUCCCAAAUUGCUGAGUCUAGUCUGAUUAUCAAUAUGAUGAGACAGAUACCAAGAAUUCCUAUCGAUGCCCUCCAGCUUCUCCACCCAUCCAUAGUGUAGUCCACUUCUAGACAAGCUGAUGUUCCCUAUCGAAGACGAUAGCUGGGGUUAGGUAGCAUUGAGGCUGCAUGAUAGAUAUUAUGUUCAUCCAUGGGAACCCGCUUACCCGCAGCCAUCCCCAACUGUCGAUAACUGAUCAUCUCAUUUAGUUGGUUUAAUAGACUUACCCUCCCUCGUAACAAUCAUAUCCAUCUAUCCAAUGAUUUGACAUCUAUCUAUACUAACUAUGUGCCGCUUUGUCUUGGUACUACAUCUCCUGCAAACUUUGCAGCUUGGUACUCAUAAUGGUGCGCUAAAACAUUUCAUAGUCACUGAAAUAUCUUGGGGAGUUUGGUGUAUACACAUUUGGGGCUGCUGUGAAGCAGAGGUCACAUAGAAUCAAGCCUCUUCCAGAGGUACGAAGCUCUUCUAAUGACUGGAUCAGCUGAUAAUCCUUUGGCAUAAGCACUGAUCGCAUUCAGAAGGCUAGUAAAUUUCUUCCCGUUGUCCUGUAUGUACACUGAUUCAAGUCACCCCCAAAACAGAUUUCAUUAGCAGCACGAUGCCUCAUGAUUCCUAAGAUCUGGACUGGGCAUGCAAGAGGAAAUAUCAUAGAAAAGAAACUCAAAGCAAUUGUGCAGACCGCUGGUCUCCUAAACUCCAGGUCUUCGUUGAACAUGUAGUCUGGAAGAUCACAUCGUAGAAUGGCUGCCACCACCAAAAAACAUGUGUACACAUUGUAAUAAGGAAGAGAAGCAGUAGGAGAGGAGGCAAGGCUGUCUUGUAUUUUACCAAUUCCUUGCUUAGUACAGCCUGAUCAGCAUGUGUUAUCAGG